UGAUCACAUGAACAGUUUUUAAAAAGUCCACCUUAGCGCAGAGAAAUGUGCGGGAGCUGAGUGCGGAGGAGAAGAGGUGAGAGCGCAGUUCCACGAAGUAUGCAAAUAAUCGCCCGUUUGCUGGCAUCCACGAAGGCACAAAGAUGACGUCCUGGCAAGAAGACUCAGCGUGAUACAAAAAAACCUUGUGUGAGCAGCCGAUGAAAGAACAACUAUGCAGAAGCUGGGGCUGAUCCAUCAAGCACAAAGAUAAGAUCGGCAAAAGAAAAAAAACAUCAAAAAUACCAAGAAAAGACUCCUAACCCUUGUGAGAGAAAUGGAGUCUUUAAAAGAAGAGAGCAAAGGGUGUGGUUUCCAGAAUUUCUCCGAAUUUGUUUCCAAGGGAAAGGGAGACAUGGACUCCUGUGAUAAAGACUCGCCAGACAAACCAGACCUUCUUUUAGAACAGAAGAAAAACAAAGGAUCCUUUAGGAAAGACAGUCCAUCCAUGAGAUCUUCAAACAGGUCUACCUCCAGCACGUCCACCUGCUCCUCAUUGGCCUAUUCAUCACCAGAGAGUGACCAGGUGUUCAGCGAGGAAGAGGAAAUGCCGGCAAAACGCAAAAUAUUGCGCAAGACCAAAUCCUGGAAGACUUUCUUCACAAUGGUACACUGGUCCCUUCGGCGACAGAAUUCCUGGGUGCAGUUGGCCGGGCAUGAAGGUAACUUCAAGGCAAGUGAGCGAGGCCACAUCCUAAAGAAGUUCAGUCCCAUAGAAAAUGCUUGUCUGGUUGCACUCAUGGAUGACGCCCUCCGCCCAUAUGUGCCCAGCUACCAAGGCGUGGAGGAGAGGGAUGGGCAAACCUACAUCAAAAUGGAAGAUUUACUUAUGGGCUUGGAAGGUCCUAGCAUCAUGGACUGCAAGAUGGGCUUCAGGACAUACUUGGAGGAAGAGCUUGAAAAAGCACUGCUGAAACCCACCCCAAGGAAAGAUCUGUAUAGCAAGAUGGUGAAAGUGGACCCUUUUGCCCCAACCGAGGUAGAACAUUUGCAGAGAGCCGUUACAAAGCCUCGCUACAUGCAGUGGCGGGAGACGGUCAGCUCCACCGCUUUGCUUGGUUUCCGCAUUGAAGGUGCCACAAUUGAAGGCGGACCAGUGCAUAAAGACUUUAAACAAAUGAAGAGCAGAGAGAAGAUCAUGGAGACCUUUGUGACCUUUACAAAAGGACAGAAGAACAUCCUUGAGGCAUAUGUGCGCCGUUUAGAGAACAUGGAGAAGGUGCUUCAGGAAUCCGAAUUCUUCCGCACUCAUGAGGUGAUCGGAAGUUCCCUCCUCUUUGUUCAUGAUCGUCGUGGAUUCUCAAACGUGUGGAUGAUUGAUUUUGGGAAGACGUCCCCAGCACCUACACACCUUACACUGCGCCAUGAUAUAGUCUGGGAGCGCGGAAACCACGAGGAUGGAUAUCUGUUGGGUCUAAGGAACCUAACUCACACCAUCAGGGACACCAUAGCUGGCAUGGACGACAUGAUGGAGAUCCUGUGCAAAACAGUGGAAGCCCCAGCAGAGGAAGGGGAAAAACUGAAAUGCGACAGGCAUGAGAUCUCAGCAAGCGGAGACCAGGAGAAUCAAAUGGCGAAACACAAGAGCAAUGAGAUUAUAACAAGAGAGGAGUUAGGGGCCACAUUCAGUGAAAGAGGACAGAAUAUAUCACUGCUAGAAAAAAGCAGGGACCUGUGACUGUCAGGAGAAAUGCUCUGGGACUAUUGGAUGACAGGGAGCAGCACACAUCCGACAGUCAUUACCACACAGAGCCUCUUCACCUCAUUUUUAGCAUAGAGAGAGCUAGAGAGGGAGAAAGAAGGCUCAUCUUCAUUCAGAUGGUGUCAACACCAAGAAACAGGCCGUGGCCUCAUGAAUACUUGUGUUUUAUAUGCAAAAGCAGUUGCUCAGAGGGCUUUUAUAUAGAAUCAGAUGUUAGUGCUUGUGUAUAGCAUCGUUUAGAUGUUGUUAGAAUCCUUGGUGUGAUUUACACACAGUCAGAAUGUCAGUUCUUGAAUGUAAAACACAAGUAUGCAGAGGGCCCAAGACUUAUCCUUUCUUUGGGAACUGUGCUGAGUUAGACAAGCACCGAGCACUCUCACUGUGAGACUUGAUCCAACAGCAGCAUGGCUCUAUGGCUGUAUAGUAAGAAUGAGAGUUGAAAGAUGCCACACACUAUACCAUUAUGUGUGCAGAAACAAAUGGACACUGUUUCAAUAAUCCACAUUCUGUUGAAUACAAAAUUAUUAAUUCUGAGUCUUAACAUCACACAGCCAGCAUUCUUAUACACCCUGGCAAGGACAGUGCCAGCCUCACAUGCAUGCCACACUGGAACUCCUUUACAAUCUGUAUUUAUAUAUAUAUAUAUUUAUACAUAAUUGGCCUCCAAAGAGGACAAAAGCUUUUGAUGAGAGGAAGGGAAGGCUAUAAAAAUCACACUGUAGUGGGAGAAGAAGGCUUAUAGAUUUGCUCCAAGUCCCUUGAAUGGACAGUUCCUGUGCUUUGUUUAAUCCAGCAAGAUCCACGUGUGAUGUCCUGUAGGAUGAGGCUUUCCUGAAAGCAAGGGGAGUAGUACGUUGCUCAGCCUCAGAGGACGUGGGGAGACCGUUCUGUUUGGGCUGGAAGUUAAUAGCAUUGUGACUAGGGUUGGGGCAGUUGCAAGAGGUUCUGGCAUGAAGGUAGGUUACAGGAGACCGGUUAAGAAAAGGCAAUACAGUGCAGCAGUGCACUAUGAGGACUUGCUAGGAAAAAAUUAAGAAAUUUGUGCAAAUUAAUUUUAGUACAAAGUAAAGAAUUUAGCGGUUGGGAUGGGUAAACCAUACAGUAAUGUUUGCAAGGCCAGUUGAACACACAGCUCAUGGGGGGACUUGUUCAUCUCUAUACUCCUAUCAGCAUUCCUUUGGCACUUCAGGGUAAACAAACAAAUAUGUUCAGUCUUGUCCUUCAUCUGCUCUCCACUUCAGAGCAUCCUCCUUGUGGGCAUCGGGUCUGAUCUGGUUUCUCAUGCCUCCCAGCAGGUUGGAUGUGGCCUCGGUCGCUACGAUAAAGGGUUUCACUACGGUGGGAGGAAUCUGACGCAGGACUCCGCCUACUGCUCCUGUCAGGCCCUUCUGCUCGUGCCCACGAGAAGCCACUUCACAUAUAGUAUGGGCUGUGUCAAUGACACCCUGUAAAUGAGCAGAAUAAAAUUGCUGGUCUUUACGGCUUACCACGAACACCUGCCAUCUUGUGCUAUAUUUGGUCAGGACCACUGCACCGGCCCCGGGCCUCAGAUUUAUAUUUACCUGCAGUGGUUGUCAACUUACCUCCCGAACAGUAUCGUAUGCUUUGGCCACACCCUCUCUCAAAUCCGCUGGCUGUUGACCCCGCCUCAAUUUCCGAGACUGUCUGAUAUCUAGAGCGCACCGCGAAACCGGUGGGGUUGGCGACAGUAUAUCAUACACCGUUUCUGCUGUGGCCUGACAAAAAUAGACGUUUUCAUGAGAACAGGCAACGACAGGAGCAAUGGACUCCCUUUCAAAAAUGCUUUUCUAUUCAAGGGUAGUGCUAACCAACAACUGCACUAUACUCCACCCCUUACAUAGCAUAAUGCCGAGUGUGCUGCUACUCUCCCUGGUACAAACCUUAGGAAACAUUCUCUAAUCCCAAAUAAAAGCUUCCAUACUAAAAACACUUAUAUUUCCAACAUACAUUAAUCACCAAAGUUCAAUGGUUGUUACAGAGAUUUGUAAAUGUAAUUAUUGCUGGAAGCACCAAUUCUUCCACCUUUGGUAUUUUUUUGCAGUGUGUUUUGUGACUACAAGUAUAAUUCAUAUAAGGUAGCAGUAGUCCGGCCCACACUCCAGUUCCCACAAAGCCUUGCUUGUUCUAUAAUUAACAGAACUGUGAAUAUCAGGGAACACGCAAGGCUCUGUGGGAAUAAGAGUCUUGGCUGGAGGAGAACUUACUGCAGAAACAUGCCUAUAUUAUUCAUGUAGUCAAAACAGAAAUUAACAAAAAGAAAAUACAGAAUCUGCUUUUUUAUAGUAAUCACAUUUAAAAUUGAAUUAAAAGUCUUUGUUAAUGUAUAUUAGAAAGUUGCCGAGAAUUACAUUUGCUUUGUUGAUUUUAAAGGUUCUGUUUGGAUUUACAUCCCCUUUAAUCUGUUUAUUGAAGUGUCUUUUAACCCACUGUAGGAUGUUUUGAUCCUGCAGCUUUCCAGAUGGCUUUUAAACCAAAGUAACCCUACUGAGGUCCCUUUAACACUACAUUCUCUUUUUUUUUUUUAUUGAGUUAGUUCAACUACUUAAAGAAAUUAAGGCUGGCUCUCAGCAGAUGGCUUAGUCGCUGGUACCUGUAUAGCUUGCACUAGCCGGUUGCUGAGUUCCAAUGCAGCAGAGGCUGUGGAGGUACCAAAUGAUGCUGCCCCUCUCUGAAGACCUCUGAUGAUGCGUCCAUCUUUCCGAUAUUGCUCAAUGGGUAGCCAGAAGAGAUCCCGCACACCAUGGACUGAAAAACAAAAAUUGGUUUUAGGAAAUGGAGUGGCCAAUGAGCUUACACAUUUUCAAUGUAUAGAUGAGACUGUACACUACAGAAAUGCCAUUCUUACAAACAAUCUGUAGCAAAAGUAGCUCUGCACGUGGCCUUCUCAAGGUCAUAUUUGCCCUACCACUAAUCUUCCCAAACCCAAGAACAGUGCUUCAAUUUCCUUAGCUUACUCUCCCCUCUCCAUGCCAAGGAAUUUUGUGAAAAAUAUGGGCAUCCUUCAAGCUUCGAACUUGACUAACUGCCAUACUGAUCAGUGAUGCCACAGCUUUAUGAAUCUUCUCUACCACAUCACCUGUUGUGGGGAAAUAAAUGGCUCCAGCUGCUUUUUAUAGGUCAGGCACAGUGGUAAAUCUGUGUGGGUCUAUUUGGGUGUGUAAAUAUUUAUAUGAGACCGUGUGUCUAUGGAUAUAUGUGAAAGAAUUAAGAUUGGCAGUGAAUGUACACAAAGUAGAGAUUUGCAGUUAUUAUUUAAGGAUGUAGAAUUCCACUGCAGUUUUGCUUUCAAAUUCUAUUUUUUCUUUUAGAAGUGUAAUCCAUGUUGCAACAUCUAAACUCUUUUUUUUUUUUUAAUUUCUUCUGUGCCAAUUAGUUUUAUAUUUCGAGCUAUUCUCAAUAUUGUCCUUUUAGUUUUCUAAUUGUCACUAUUGCCCCAUAACCAGAAAUUGAAUGCAGAAACGCAAUUGCACCUGGUACAAUUAAAGGCCAGUGGGUUGGGAGGAGGGCGCCAUUUGGAUCAGAUAAUCCCUUGGUAUUAGUCAGUGCUUGUCCUCUGCUUCCCUUGUAGGCCGACUUCAGCUCUACACGGAUUUCUCUAUAUAUCUGAAGAAAAUUGUGUGACGAUUCAACUGUAUAAAUGGUAACUGCCUUUCAUUUGCAAAUAAAAAUGUUAAUUUUC